AUGGCUGCCGUGCUCAAGGUGACCUUUCGUGCUGAAGUCCGCCGCUGCCUCCUGGACAAGCAGGAUCUCUGCUAUGAAGGCCUUACGCGUCGCGUUGACGAGCUUUACCCUGAGUUGCCGCAGUACACGGCCAAGUACAUGGAUGAGGAGGGUGACGUCUGCACCCUUUGCGAAGCCUCCUUCGCCGACUUCUUGGAGGUCUCUUCGCAGGCAAAGAGUGCGACUGCCAAUAACCUUGGCAGCGACACCAAGGUCAUCCUAAAGCUUGAGCUUGAGGUGCCUGGCGUCUCAAAGGUUUCCUCCAAGCCCCCCACUGCGGUGCCCCCUGCGGUGCCAGAGGAGCCGGACCUUGAAAUCAUCUCCGGCCCCGCGCCCAUGACGGUCCAGGAGGUGAAUGUUCCCAUUACUCCGGCGCCGACAGCCUCCGUCUUCGUGGACAAGGCCCCAGAAAGUCCGCGGCCAGCUGCUGCACCGGCAUCAGAUGUCCCUGCAGACGAGGACUUUUUAGUGAAGCGUGCGGCCGCCGCCACGUAG